GAUAAAAAGUGAUAUAAAAAAAUGUCAGGUCGUAUUUUUCAAAGAAUUACAAAUGUAUUAAGGAAACACCAAUUAAAGAAUUCUCUAAAUUGGAAGACAACCUCUUUACGGAAUAUUGGAACAAGUAAAGAAACUGAAGCAGUUAUGCUAAAGGACUUUGGUGAUCCAAGAAAAGUUUUAUCAUUAGAAAAAAUAUUAGUACACAAUCCCUCUGAUGAUGAAGUCUUGGUUAAAAUGUUGAUGGCACCAAUAAAUCCGUCUGAUAUUAACAUGAUUGAAGGGACAUACCAUAUCAGACCAAAACUUCCUGCUAUUGUAGGCAAUGAAGGCGUAGGAGAAGUUGUUGAAAUAGGAAAAAAGGUUAAAAACAUGAAAGCUGGUGACUGGGUGAUUCCUGCUGAAGCUGCAUGGGGCACAUGGAGACAACAUGCUGUGACGAAAGAAAAUAUGUUGCUCAAAAUUGACAAUGAUAUACCUUUAUUGAGUGCAGCAACCAUAAUGGUUAAUCCGUGCACUGCUUACCGUAUGCUCAAAGAUUAUGUGAAGCUAGAAGCUGGGGAUUUAGUUAUUCAGAAUGGAGCAAAUAGUGCUGUUGGUCAGUGUGUUAUACAGCUAGCUAAAGAAUGGGGUAUUAAAACAUUAAAUAUAAUUAGAGACAGGCCAGAUUUGGAAAGUCUAAAGAGCCAUUUGAAUCAACUUGGUGCAACUCAUGUUGUAACAGAGGAGUUUGUUCGAACACCAGAAAUGAAAGAACUUAUCAGCUCCUAUAACCAAAAGCCCAAACUUGCUUUAAAUUGUAUUGGUGGGAAAAGUGCUACUGAACUUAUAAGAUUUCUUAAAGAAAAAGGUACUAUAGUUACUUAUGGGGGAAUGUCUAAGAAACCACUGACAAUUCCAACUGGUGCAUUGAUUUUUAAAGAAGUAAAAAUAGUGGGAUAUUGGAAUACACAAUGGAACUUUGAACACAGAGACAGCGAUGAGAAGAAAGACAUGUAUAAAAACCUAUGUGAUUUAAUGAGAGAUUGUAAACUUAUACCUUCUCCUAGUGAAUUGGUACCAUUUUCAAACUUUCAAAUGGCAGUUGAUAAAUCAUUAGAAGGUUUUCAAAACCAGAAAAAAGUUCUUGUAAUGCAGGAGUGAUUAUCAUUGCUUUUUGUAAACUUUACAAUAAUAAAAACUUGCAUUCAUAAUUUCAGAA